AGCGCCAGCCAGCCAGCCAGCCAUGCCUGCCGAGAGCAACGAGCCCGACUGCCUCCUCCGCUACCAGAGGCCUGAGGAUGAGGCGGUUGUUGAUUUGGGAGGCACUAGCAAUGUUAUUAACAUUCAUUAUGAACCAGAGGAGCUGGAAGGGCACAGGACAUUGUAUGUUGGGGUUCGGAUGCCUUUGGUUAGACCAGGCCACAGACAUCACAGAACCCAUGGCCCCAAACAUAGGAAACGAGAUCGGAUAAAGGAAAGUACAUUAGAGGAUCAGGAGACUCGUGAUACUCCAUCUCAGCGAGUUCACUUUAUCCUUGGUAUGGAAGAGGAUGAGGAGCAUGUCCCCCAUGACCUAUUCACAGAGAUGGAUGAAAUCUGUGUGAAAGAAGGUGAAGAAUCAGAAUGGAAAGAAACAGCAAGAUGGCUAAAGUUUGAGGAAGAUGUGGAAGAUGGAGGAGAACGAUGGAGUAAGCCAUACGUGGCUACUCUUUCACUGCAUAGUCUUUUUGAGCUGAGGAGCUGCAUCAUCAAUGGGAGUGUCCUUCUGGAUAUGGCUGUAAACUGCACUGAAGACAUUGCGGAAAUGAUCCUGGCUAGACAGGGCUCUGAUGAAUCCACAAAUAAAAAAUUCUGGGAAACCCUCCUGAAGAAACACCAUCACCAGAAUGAGAAGAAAAGAAACAUCCUUCCAAUUGUCCGUUCUUUUGGAGAAGGUGGCCAGAGAAAGUCUGAUCCUCACUCAAUAGAUAGGACAGGAAUGACUACACUGUCUCUUCAUCCUCCUUCUAACACAUUAGAUGUGAGAAAUGGAUUGACUCAUGAUACUACCCCAACAGACAUGAGCAGAGCAGAGCAUCAUUUUAUGAAGAAGAUUCCUGUUGGAGCAGAAGCUGCAAAUGUUUUAGUUGGAGAAGCAGAUUUCCUUAAACAACCUAUUGUUGCCUUCCUACGCUUAUCGCCAGCUGUUCUUCUCCCAGGCAUGACUGAAGUUCCACUCCCUACCAGGUUCUUGUUUAUCUUGCUGGGUCCAAUAGGGAAAGGACAGCAGUAUCAUGAGAUUGGAAGGUCAAUGGCUACCCUCAUGACUGAUGAGGUUUUCCAUGAUGUUGCUUAUAAAGCCAAGGACCGAAGUGAUAUUUUAGCUGGCAUUGAUGAGUUUCUGGAUCAGGUGACAGUGCUGCCACCUGGGGAAUGGGACCCAUCAAUCAGAAUUGAGCCGCCUAAAAACGUUCCUUCCCAGGAUAAGAGAAAGAUGCCAGGAACGCCAAAGGUACCUAACGGAAAGGUUUUUGAUGAUGAGCCGGACGAUCAUGGGGGGCCAGAGCUCCAGAGGACAGGAAGGCUCUUUGGUGGCUUGAUCUUGGAUAUAAAACGGAAAGCUCCUUGGUACUGGAGCGACUACAGAGAUGCUUUGAGUUUGCAGUGUUUAGCUUCCUUUCUCUUCCUGUAUUGUGCCUCGAUGUCUCCUGUGAUCACCUUUGGGGGGUUGCUUGGAGAAGCAACAGAGGGACAAAUAAGUGCUAUAGAAUCGUUGCUUGGAGCCUCUAUUACUGGAGUGGUCUACUCUCUCUUUGCUGGCCAGCCUCUCACCAUCUUGGGAAGUACCGGACCAGUAUUGGUUUUCGAGAAAAUUUUGUUCCAGUUCUGCAAAGACUAUAAGCUUUCUUAUCUUGCUCUACGAACCUGCAUUGGCCUGUGGACAACAUUCAUGUGCCUCGUGCUUGUGGCCACUGAUGCUAGCUCUCUGGUCUGCUACAUCACUCGGUUUACGGAAGAAGCUUUUGCCUCUUUGAUCUGCCUCAUUUUCAUUUUCGAGUCCAUAGAGAAGCUGUUUAAGCUGGGAAGGACUUACCCAUUUUACAUGCAUAACAAUCUGGACCAUCUGACCUUGUAUUACUGCAGAUGCGCAGCUCCUGCAAAGCCCAGUAUUGAUACUCUGAAGUACUGGAACAGCAAGAAGAUCGAUCCUUCAAAAGUUGCCUGGGCUAAUCUCACAGUCUCUCAAUGUUGGGAGAUGCGUGGAGAAUUCAUAGGACCUACAUGUGGAGCCAAAGGGCCUCUUACCCCUGAUGUUCUUUUCUGGUGCUGCAUCUUGUUCUUUACGACCUAUUUUUUGUCGAGUGCGCUAAAGAAGUUUAGGGGCAGCAACUAUUUUCCCACAAAAAUACGCUCUAUGAUAGGCAAUUUUGCUAUUUUUAUAACCAUUGUUAUCAUGGUCUUAAUUGACUACUUCAUUGGAAUUCCAUCACCAAAACUGAAUGUCCCCAGUGUCUUCAAGCCAACGAGAGAUGACCGUGGAUGGCUCAUUAGCCCUAUAGGCCCCAAUCCCUGGUGGACUGUGCUGGCAGCUAUCAUCCCAGCGUUACUCUGUACUAUACUGAUAUUUAUGGACCAACAAAUCACAGCAGUUAUCGUGAACAGGAAAGAACAUAAACUUAAGAAAGGAUGUGGCUACCACCUGGACCUUCUCAUGGUGGGCAUCAUGCUUGGUGUGUGUUCAGUGAUGGGGUUGCCUUGGUAUGUUGCUGCCACCGUCCUUUCCAUCAGUCACGUGAACAGUCUUAGACUUGAGUCUGCUGUGGCAGCUCCUGGGGAGCAACCUAAAUUCCUGGGCAUAAUUGAACAAAGAGUGACUGGACUGAUGAUCUUUAUACUAAUGGGCCUCUCAGUCUUCAUCACUGGUGUGUUAAAGUUUAUACCUAUGCCUGUUCUCUAUGGAGUGUUUUUAUACAUGGGUGUUUCUUCCCUGAACGGAAUACAGUUUUUUGACCGCCUGAAGCUCAUGGCAAUGCCCUCCAAACACCAGCCUGAUUUCAUUUACCUGCGACAUGUUCCUCUGAGGAAAGUGUAUCUCUUCACGAUGAUCCAGCUGAUCUGCCUGAUCAUUCUGUGGGUUGUCAAGGCAACUCCUGCAGCCAUUAUCUUUCCUAUGAUGGUUUUGGCACUGGUCUUUGUUCGGAAGGUCAUGGAUAUAUGCUUUUCAAAACGGGAACUCAGCUGGCUCGAUGACCUCAUGCCAGAAAGCAAGAAGAAAAAACUGGAUGAUGCUAUCCAAGAGGCAGAACAAAAUGAUGAAUCUCAGAAUAUGAUAGAAGACGGUAACCCAACUGUAACUGAAAUGUCUUCAAUGAAUUCAAAUUAUCUGGCAGUUCCAGGAAGCUCACAGAAUGGUGUACCAAAACUUGACAAUAGGCCUGAUCCUUCAGAUAUUAACAUCUCAGAAGAAAUGUCUAAAACAACUAUGUGGAAGACCCUCACCAUGAAUGCAGAAAAACUCUGAAAUUCAAAGGAAGAGUUUGGCUGUUUGGGACUCUGCUUAGGACAAGGAGCUCGCGGCACAUGAAGAUGACUCAGGGAAGAGCCAAGGUGUGCAGGCCAAGGAGAGAAAAUAUUUUUGCAGUGGAGAAGGUCACAGGCAGACUAAAUGCCCUGGUACUUCCUUCAUACAAGUAACUGGGUUCAUAUUAAAGCCAUUGAGAAGUGUUUUGAUUAUCCCUUGUGUGCUUCAGUGGGCAUCCCAAUUAUCUUCUGAGCAGCAAGGCAGUGGAAGUCUAGUGUUAAAGCCUGUCUUGUGUGUGCACACACACGUGCAUAUUUGCUGUGUUACAAUUUCUUAGUAGUACAGAGAUUGCUGCCACUGUAAAUUUACUUUUUUCCCUUCCAGUGUGUGUUUAACGGUUUCCACUCGGAAUGUACAGUGACAUUAUGCCACAACUAUUUUGAGUUUCUGUUUGUUUUGUUUUGUUUUUGGGUGCCACUUUACAGAUGUGGAUGUUGUUUGCAAAAUCCAAUAAUAAAAUGUAGCUGAGUUACCACACAAGCAAUUGAUAAGAGCUGACACAAUAUAAAUGAUUACAAAUCAGUGGGAGAAAUGUAUUUCCCCCCAUUUUUAUUUCCUAAUCAUGCUUCUUAAAUUCUGUUUUGGCUCCUUGUUUAUUUGGCAGUUAAUCUUGUGAGGAGUUUUUACAAAAAUGUGUAUUUAAGUAAAUGUUGCUUUGUUAAUGUGUUUUCAUGUCUUCACCAAGCCAUUGACCUCAGUGCAAAUGACCUAAGUAGAGGGAAAGGUGAUUAAUUGUUGUCAGUGUCACUGUUUGCACCAAUCUGAUGGGUACUUGCUACCAAGACAAUAUGUGGGCAAAAAUAAAAUAGAUAUUAGAGCUCAAGGAGUGAACAAAAUAAUAUCUACUCAAAGUUUGCUUCAGUAAGGAUUCGCUUCCAGAGGAGCACCCCAUGCCAGGAAUCUUACUUUAAAAAAAAAAAAGAAAAUACUUGUAGAGCCACAGAAUUGGAGUUGGAGUUCAACCUUCUUGCUCAGGCAGGAAUCCAACCUUCCUGAAUUCCAUAACAGCUGGCUCAGUAAACUCUGCUUGAAGAUAUCCAAUGGAGGGGAGUCCACCACCAAUAAUCUCUCAAACUGCCCUUACCAUUAGGAAGUUUUCCCUUUCCUUCAAUCAGAAUCUGCCUUCUGGUUCCAUAAGAUCCUAUUCCAUGGCCUGCCCUCUGUGAUAAGGCAGCCUUUUCCUUUGUGACGCACUUCACUAUCUGGAGAGGGUAAAGAUGCCUUUCUGCAAGAAGAUCAAUAGGACGUUUCAAACGUUAAGAACAUCGAUGAAGCAAUAGUUAUCAUUUACAGGAGUUAAUCUGUUCUAAGUUCUAAUUGGUAGAAAUCACAGUCAGAAUUCCACUUAUUGUUACAAAGAUGGCUGUCCUUCUCCUUCCCCCGAGACUUAAACAUAGGCAGCUCCCUCAGUUUCUCUUGGAAAUUAGUAAAAUCGCUGAGGUAUUAAACAGAAAUUUGAUACUUGAUCAUUCCUUUUUCUGUGAUCAUUUAGGACAUUGGGAUUCUCAAACCCAGUCAUUGUGAGCCAUUUCAAGUUGCAAAAUAUAAAAUGUCUGUCUAUCUGGGUUUCCCAAAUGUUAAUUGGCAAAGAAUAAUGGAUUGGCUGCUACUGUUGGCAUGUGUCGAGGCAUCCCAUGGGCUGAUUUUCAGCAAACAAAUCAACCAGUGUCUGCAGCAAGUAGGAAUUUCCCCCAUUAUCUCCGGGGAUCCUGCACUUACACAGCUUGUCAGCCCUUUGAGGUAGGCAAAGUCAGCAAAUAGGAGCAACAGAGGUUUCAGGAAUACUCUUUAUUAUUCUAGAGAAUCAGAACAGAAUCUUGAAAACCCAUCAGAGUUUCUUUGUACUACAUCUUACAGCAAACAAAAUUGGUUUUGUGUGCGUGUGUUAUUUUGGGUUUCUUUCUCAUGUUUCCUUCUUUCUCACAUCUGAGUAAUAUUUUCUGAACCACCUCCCUUUACAGUUCAUUAAUCCCUUCCUAUUACCAGGGUCAGAUUUACAUUUUAUCACACAGAUGAAGAGAGAUAAUAGAUGCUUGUAUUGCACUUACGCAUACUACACUACCUCUUAGUUGACUUAGAAGGACAGCAGCAUGGUGUUGGCUCUCAGCUCUUUAGUCAGGGCUAAAGUUUGAUUCUUUUUAAGUGCAUUUGAAAGAGGAAAAAAGAAAGAAAACUGGCAUACUGACUUCUUAGAGCAAGUUGUUCAUAUCUGUCCUGAUUUCCAUUUCAUGUGGGUGUACCAUAAAGUCUAUUUUUAUUUUGUUUUCUUCCCCUGUUAUCUGCAAUUGCUAGUCUGGUCUUUUUGAGGGAGAUGAAGAGGUGGUUAGCCCAUGUGGGUUUAGGGAGAUGAUCUCCAGCCGAGCUGCAACACCUCCUCGUGUCUUCUGAACAGCCUUUUUUCUGAAAGGGAUCCUCUCUUCUUUUCUAAGAAUAUUCUUUGAUACUGCGGGGGCACGUGACACAUGAAGCCAUUAUGAAACCAAAGAAAUUGACUGGUGGAAAACUGAUCUAAGAAUUCCAUUUAAAGAACCUUAAACUGUAGACUUGUGAGAAGGGAAUGCUGCAUUUUCUGUUCAGGGGCUCCUGGUUUCCUCACCAAGCUACUCUUCCCAAGAGUUAUCAGAGAGCGAACGAGCCUUGGCAGACCAACAAGCAUGAAUCUGAUAAAGGCUUGCAGCCUAGAGAUAUUCAUAAGGAAUCAAGGAAAAGACUGAUUCCUUUUGCCAGCCCUUCCUCUGGAAAACAGAUGUCAGAGUGCACUGCGCAUGCCAUCCUAGCAAUGCCCAUAGAAACAGAAUUUGAUAUUCUCUUUUAAUACCACUUGUAACAUAGCCAUGGACACUUUCAUUUUAAUUAAAAUAGCUUAAGGUUCAUGUUCACCCAUUCAUCCUGUAAAGCAGGAGUGAGCGAUAAAAAUACCACCACCACCACCAUCUGCGUUUCUGGGCCAUCUGCAGUCCUUGGCUUAAUUUUCUGUGGUCCUCAGUCUAAUUUCAAAAAAGUUAAAGUUUAAAAGACGUAAGGUAAUAAAAUUAUUUGGCAAAAGCAAUUUCUCCCUGUCCUCACAGCCGGCUUGGUUGUGGGGGAGUGACAGAAGGAGAGAGAGAAGAUACCAGGGAGAUAGAGAUAAAACAGGAGAUCAGGGAUUCAGAGAAAACAGAUGACUUUAAUUCCAUGCAGAGCUUGCUUCUGUCCCAUCCACUAGCAUCGUGUGGGCUCCACAGUUUACCUCCCUAGAAAUAUGGCUGUGUUCAGAAAAAGAGAUUGCCCGCUCCUGCCCUACAGUCCAUUCUAAACCACUGCUUUUCCUGGUCUUGGUGGUGGUGGUCGUAGAACGUUUAACCUCUCACCUCCACAUACGUAAGCGCUCAAGGCAGCUCAGAACAAAAAGGACCAAAACGAUACAUAUGAAAGCACACUUUGCAUACAGUCCUAAGGGAAAUGGCUUGAAAAUAACCCCCACUGAACCCCUGUUCCUUCAGAGUUCACUGUGUUCUGGAGUGCAGUCACCAUGUUGAAAUGGGAAUUUAUGUUUUUGGAGAAUAAGAUAAAUAUUUUACAGGCUUUUUAAGAAGUACAGAUACGUAUCUAUUUUUUUAGUGUACAACACAUUGUAUACAUUGCAGUACAAUUCCAUUGAAGGCAAUGCAUGAAGUGUUAUGUGGCUAUUCUCUGUGUUAACAUUUAACCUGAUGGUGUAAAGAUGCGUUAAAGUUCAGUUCCCAGAGUUCUCAGCCAGGAACCUGGUAUGUUAUGAUGCCGAAGAAGAUUGCCUUGCAUAAUUGCCUGGGAAUAAAUCUCUUGGACUCAGUGUAGCUUAUUUUUGAGCAGGGUAAGCUAAACCUCAUUGUUUGUUUCUUAGAAUCUCUUCUUAUUGCUAUUUCUUGUCUAAGGUGUUGGAUGGUUAAGUUUGCAGAAAGAAUAGAUUUAUUUUCUUUAUGCAUUUUAGCUCCAGUACCUGGAAUUAAGGCUUAAAAACUAAACUGAAAAGCUGCAUUGAUGAACAAUGUGAUUGGCAAUAAACAAAACUACUUUUUCCUUACUUCCUCUCAUAGCAUGAAUUCUUGCCUCUGUUAGGGACUAGGAGACACCACCUCCUGCAUUCCUCUCUCUUAGAUGAUCCAUUCUGGCCUGCAGCCUUGAUGCAGUCCAAUGACUGUUCAUUAUGUCUUCCAUGAUGUAGUGAGGCUAGCAAAAAGACCAACAAGCACAGUUACGUAAACUUACAUCCCACGCUUCCAUGUGGACUGCCAUCUUUGGAAACCAAGCUGGCUCUGUGUUCCUUAUACUCCGUACUGUAAAAAUGUGGGCCAUGUCAUCUUGUAAGCUCAUUUCUUUGGUGGUUCAUCUUUUAGGCUGCUUCACUAUGGGAAAUUUCAGAAGAUUUCAAAUCCUUAUGAUGUCGCUACCAAACACAGAGAAGAAUGAAGCAAUUGCUUCUUGUGGAUUGGUGUGAGACGAUCUAACAGUAUGCCAUGAGUUUCCAGUCUUUUGAGGCUAAUAGGCAUAUGUAACCUUCAGAAAGCAUGUUAUGGGUGGAAUUCACAAUAUGGUCCCUAUGCAAGUGUGGUUAUUAAUAAAAUGACCACUGCAUGGAAAUGACAAUCCUCCCUCAAAAAACUACAGCAAAAUGCAAAUGUUGAGGAUUUUAAAACAAAAGUAUAUAAAUCAUGUCACAUAUUAGUAACAAGGAAGCUAUAUUAAAAUUAAUAUUUAAAACAAUACAGAUUCUUCUACUUACCUAGUCAUAAUUAGAGGGAAUAAUAAAAUAGUGUCAACUUGAACAGAAUUAAGACAGAACGAAACAGAUUUAAAACUUCGGGGGAUGAAUAACACUGUCUUGAACAAAUAUGAUCACUGACACAGCAUACCACCUGCAAGCUUCCUAUAAAUUAGUUAUAUAUGAAGAGACAAUACUUUUCAAACAAUGACCCAGGUGUCCUUCAGUAAGACAUGUUUGGUUUCUCUAUUUGAUGGAUUGCAUUGCUGAAAAAAGGGAGUCACAGAAAUUUAAGCUUUGUAGCAGCGUCUCUCAUCACCACAUCCAAAAAUCCCCAUGAGUUAAAUUUGUUUUUAAAAAGACAUCUUGAAAUGCUAUCUCCAUCAGAUUUGAUGCAUCCUAUGGCUAACACAGUUCAUCAGAAUACAUUUCUGCCCUGCAGAUACCUGAGCUUCAAGCUUAUAAGGCUUUAUAGGUAAAAAAACCCCACCACAUUCCAUUGUCUCUGGAAGCAUCUUGGUAACCAAGGCAGAGUUCCCAAUAGUGCUGUUAUAUUCAGGAAGCAUCUCUCACCCACCAACUGCAGCUUCUAAGUAGUCUUGAAAGGCAGCCCAACGUGGAGUGUGUUGCACUAAUGUAUACAAGAAGUGUCAAGGGUGUGAGUUACUACUGCUAGGGAUAUCAACAGGGUUCAGAGCAAAGGUCAUCAUAGAUUUAAUCUUGGUGAAUUAUUGAAAGUAGGCAUUGAAUUGUCCUUCAUGUGUGUUCCAAGGUCACUUUGUCAAAAAUAUGGUGGUAUGAAUAAUUUGCUGCAAUGAGGAGGAAGUAAAGGAAUUAUUUACUCUGUACUUGGAUUUUCACAAUUUUAACUUUGGAAUGGAUUCCUGGAGCUUAGCAUUCUAUAAAUCUCUUUGUCUUUGCUCUAAAGCGCAGUAUUCAAGUUGUCUGGUUUGGGUAUGAUAUCACAAAGCAAAUCCAUUGAUUAAAAUCUUGUUCCCAGGUUGUUCAAAAUGCUGGUCUUUAGAGUUCAAAAAUGCUUUGAUUUCUUAUGUUAAUGGUGAAACUGGAGACCUGCACUCUUGAUAUAUGCUUUUUGGGGGCCACUGAAGACUGGUUUGGGUCAGUGUGAAUUUUCUUUCAAUGAGCAGUGGGAGAGAAGCAUUGCUAAAAAUUGAGGCAGCAUUUCACCUGGCCAACUGUCAAUUACAGUAUAAUUACAAAUAAUUUAUAUUGCCUAAUUUAAUAUAAAGUAAAAAUUAUCACCCAUUUAUGGAUGAAACCCAUUUCAUAUCAAAUAUACUCAACCUGAUAAAAUAGUUUCAGUAGUUGGAUAAUCUGAUGUUCCCAUGAGUUGUGUUAACUUUUGAAAAGAACCCAGUAGUAAUUAUCAGGUGGGAAGGAAAAGCAUCUUUCAAAGGAUUUGUUGAUUUGAGCAAGACAAAUCUGCCUCACCUCUCCUAGAGUCAGGUCUGGUAGAGGGUCCAAAUCAUUUGCAUCAUAAUUUUCAUAAUGGAGUUUGUCUUAGUUGUGGCAGGGUAUCUUAUUUAAGAAUACUCUUAAAAGGAAAAUGUUCAGCUUUGGUGUCUAAACAUUCUGAAGGGCCUUGUAAGAUAAGCUGGUAGAACUUGGGUAGGAUAUAGCAGAGCAAUACAGGUAGUCCUCACUUACCAACCAAUUGUUUAGUGACCAUUCAAAGUUAUGACAGCACUGAAAAAGGAGACUUGCAACUGGUUCUUGAAGUCAUGCCUGUUGCAGCAUCCCUGCAGUCCCAUGAUUGUGAUCUGGGCACUUGACAACAGCCUGCAUUUAUGCAGGUCAAAGUGUCUCAUGGUCACAUGAUCGCUAUCUGUGACCUUCCCAGCCAUUUGAAGUUACAACGGUGCUGAACAAGGA